AUGGCUAGUCAGGAACUAGAAGGCUCGGUCGUGAAUCUUGUCGAGCAAUCCAGUCUCAAAUGGAUUUUCGUAGGAGGAAAAGGUGGUGUGGGCAAAACAACAUGCAGCUGCUCGAUCGCAGUACAACUUGCUGCUAAAAGACGUAGUGUUCUGCUAAUAUCAACUGAUCCUGCCCACAACAUUUCUGAUGCGUUCAACCAGAAAUUUACAAAGACACCGCAAAGGGUCUCGGGAUUCACCAAUCUUUCAGCCAUGGAAAUUGAUUCUAAUCCAGUGGAAGGUUCCACUCUCCCCGGCCUAGAUCAGCUCAUGGACGCUAAUGGCGGAAUAGCAUCAAUGGGACGAGAACUACUGCACAGUAUGGUCGGUGGAAUGCCGGGAAUUGAUGAAGCUAUGAGUUUUGCUGAGAUGCUCAAGUUGAUCAAUUCCCUUGAUUUUGAUGUCGUUGUCUUUGACACGGCACCAACCGGACAUACUCUCCGCCUGCUUCAGUUUCCCGUAAUUCUUGAAAAGGCGUUCACGAAAAUUCUGUCGCUUCAGUCAUCUUUCGCUCCUAUGCUAGGACAGCUAUCUGGUUUGCUUGGAAUGGGUGAGCUAUCCAUCGAUGAUACAUUGAGAAAGUUCAAGGAGACCUUAGAUCAGGUUAAGCAAAUGAAUGCGGAGUUCAAAAAUCCUGAUCUCACCACAUUUGUUUGCGUAUGUAUCGCGGAAUUUUUGUCAUUAUACGAAACAGAACGGCUCAUUCAAGAACUCACCAAACAGGGCAUCGACACUCAUAACAUAAUAGUGAAUCAGUUGAUCUUUCCGGAUAACUCUGAAGGCGGUGUUCAGUGCAAGAAAUGCCAAGCAAGGUUCCGAGUACAGUCAAAAUACCUUGAACAGAUUGCCGAUUUAUACGAAGAUUUUCAUAUCACCAAAUUGCCAUUGUUGGACGAGGAAGUACGUGGUGCGGAGCAAAUUCGUAACUUUAGUAAAAACUUGGUUGUUCCAUAUUCACCACCAGGGAACGCAUCCACAUCUUAG